UAACCUCCACAGCUGAGCAACUCUCUAAUGUUUCCUCAAAGUGAGGGACAGCAUGGCUAGUGCGGCUGUUGACAAUAUGUCGACUCUUUUAUACUUAAUGUUUGAAUCGUAAAGGCUUCGUAUGGAUACUGUUGGUGGGGAUAACUGGCGGAGACGCACGAGGAGCGCGCGAGCCUGCUCCAAGCCAACCAGAGCGCGAGCUGAUGAGUCCAAUGUGCUGCGUUGUCUGAGUGUGGGGAACACGGAAGAAGGCCAUGACAUGGAGGAGGAUAUCGGCCUCAAGCAGGACAACCUGGAGGGACGAGUCAUGUCGCCCCGCUACAGCCUGCUGCGGGAGGUGGGCAGGGGCACCUACGGCGUGGUGUUUGAAGCGGUGGCCCGGAGGUCCGGGGCCAAAGUGGCCGUAAAGAAGCUGAGAUGCGACGCGCCGGAAAACGUGGAGCUCGCCUUGCAGGAGUUCUGGGCCCUGGCAAGCCUGGAGAAACGGCAUGAAAACGUGGUGCAGCUGGAAGAGUGUGUGCUGCAGAGGAACGGCAUGGCCCAGAAGAUGAGUCACGGGAACAAACGAUCCAAACAGUACCUGCGUCUGGUGGAGACUUCUCUGAAAGGUGAGAGAGUGCUCGGUCCUCCAGAGGAGCCGUGCUACCUCUGGUUCGUCAUGGAGUUCUGUGAAGGCGGCGACCUCAACCAGUUCAUCCUGUCCCGGAGGCCCAACCCGCAAACCAACAACAGCUUUAUGCUCCAGCUGACCAGCGCCGUUGCUUUCUUGCAUGAAAACAACAUUGUCCACAGAGACCUCAAACCUGACAACAUCCUCAUCUCAGAGAGAUCAGGGACUCCAGUUCUCAAGGUGGCCGACUUUGGCCUGAGUAAAGUCUGCGCUGGUAUAGGAAACACAAACGUUGGCAAAGAAGGCGAAGACAAGAACAAAAACAUUAACGUGAACAAGUUCUGGUUGUCCUCUGCGUGCGGCUCAGACUUCUUCAUGGCUCCAGAGGUGUGGGAGGGCCACUACACGGCCAAGGCUGACAUAUUUGCCCUAGGCAUCAUCAUCUGGGCCAUGUUGGAAAGAAUUACCUUCAUUGAUGCUGAGUCUAAGCGGGAGCUGCUGGGUACCUAUGUGAGGCAGGGAGUGGACAUUGUGCCGGUGGGUGAGGCACUGCUAGAGAAUCCAAAGAUGGUACUGAACAUCCCACAGAAACGCAGGUCAUGCAUGUCUGACGGAGUGAGGAAGCUGCUGCAGGAAAUGCUCGCCGUCAACCCUCAGGACCGGCCCGAUGCGGUCCAGCUGCAGACCCGAAUGGACCAGGUCACCUAGGUGUGCUGCGUGACCUUCAACCUGAUAGAUUUA